UAUUCUUGCAGUAAUAGAUUAAUUGUGGAUCAGAUUACUCAGAUCAGAGAACAUUAAAACUCAAAUCAGUCACAUUGGUGCCGUGACUCCCACCCAUACCCUAAACUCCCACCCCUAUCCAUCCAGGAAUAUGAAAUAUGUGCAUCAUUCUGUACAUAUUCUGAUUACAGCUACAGUAGCCUGGUGUGUAUCAAUGUUCAUAGUGCUCCAAUUAGUAAUUAAAUUAGAAUUUGACUUUACAAUGCAUUUAAAUUAUACACCAGAGUUAUGCAAAAUUGAAGGAGAACGGUUGGAUGACUGUGAAAAGAAGGACAACCUUGCAUCAUGAUACAGAAGGGGAAAAUCUAGCUAUAACAUUUGAAUAAACACCCUGGGGAGUGAUGCAACUAUGCAGGCUGAGGAGAUUUCCGGUGUACAUUUAUAGUGGAUGGCGUUUCGCCCUCCUCUCGCCACCGUCCUCCGCUAGCCGUAGCCAAAUAUUUCUCGAAGGUCGACUCCUGUCCUGGCUCCAGAGGAAGAGGUUGACUCAAUGAUUGAGAGCCAUACCAAAAUGGUUUCUGCCCUUUUACUAGUGGACAACCAGAGGCGCAUCACCUAUUGAUAACAGACCAACAAUCUUCGUCGUUGAGAGCCGGGUAGAGAACACACACCCCCCCCGUGUUGGACAUCGCCAGCCCAACCAAAACCUGCCCAAAUAGCCGGGCCUUACUUGAUACUCCUGGGCCCUCCCCUCUCACACAGUCAAAACUGAAUCCAUACGAGCGAAGCAGCAGGAUGACUGAGGCGUGGCAGCAGCAGCACGCAGUGGCCCCCCCACCCACCGUGGUGCACAACCUCCCCCCGGGCUCCGACAGUGCCCUGGGCUGUGCCGUGUACGGGAUCGUCCUCCAGACGGAUGGGGCCUCCCUCCAGCAGCAGCAUACCGUACCCGCCCAGCAGCCCUCCCUACAGGUAGGGGGCGAGGGAGGGCACAAGUGCGGGGCCUGCGGCCACGACAUAUCACACCUGGCUAAUCCGCAUGAGCACCAGUGCAUGGGGAGCGGGGAUCGGUCGUUCCAGUGUACACAGUGUAUGAAGAUCUUCAGCCAGGCCACUGAUCUGUUGGAGCAUCAGUGUGUGCAGGUGGAGCAGAAGCCGUUUGUGUGCGGCGUGUGUAAGAUGGGUUUCUCCUUGCUCACCUCGCUGGCGCAGCACCACAACGCCCACAACAAUGGCAACAACCCCAUGAAGUGCUCCAUCUGUGAGAAGACCUACCGUCCGGGCUCUGGGAACAACACCCCCACCUCCUCCGCCGCCAACCCGUCCACCGGCGAAGCUUCCAGUGGCGGGGCAGCGUGCGGAGCCUCGGCCCCUACGGCGUUUGAGGCUUCGGGACCAGACAGGCCCUACAAGUGCUCAGUGUGCCACAAGGGCUUCCGGCAUCUGUCUGAGCUGUCGCGACACGAGCGGGUGCACACAGGAGAAAAGCCCUACAAGUGUGACACCUGUGAUAAGAGCUUCAGCCAGUCCUCUCACCUGGCCCAUCACCAGCGUACCCACAGCUCCGAGCGGCCCUACAAGUGUGCCGUCUGCGAAAAGUGCUUCAAGCACCGCUCGCACCUCGUGCGCCACAUGUACGCCCACUCCGGCGAGCACCUGUUCAAGUGCAAUUUGUGCGAGAUGCACUUCAAGGAGUCGUCGGAGCUCCUGCACCACCAGUGCCAGCCCACGGUGACCUCGGACAGGCCGUUCCGCUGCGGCUCGUGCGGGAAGGGCUUCAAGCGGCCUUCGGACCUGCGGCAGCACGAACGCACGCACUCCGAGGAACGCCCGUUCCAGUGCGAGGAGUGCCAGAUGAGCUUCAAGCAGCAGUAUGCCCUGGUUCGCCACCGCCGCACUCACAAGAACCCAGCCGACCGGCCUUUUAAGUGCAACCUGUGUGACAAGGGUUUCCUGCAGCCCUCCCACCUGCUGUACCACCAGCACGUCCAUGGCAUGGAGAGCCUGUUCAAGUGUGCUUCCUGCCAGAAGGGCUUCAGCCAAUCCGGUGAGCUGCUCCGGCACAAAUGCACCGGCUCAGGGUCGGCGUCUGGGUCCGUGUCCGCGGCCACGCCGGUGGUGGAGAAGCCCUACAAGUGUGACGUGUGCGGCAAGGGCUACAAGAAGAAGUCGACGCUCCAGCGCCACCAGAACUCCAGCUGCCAGGAGAAGCCGCUGAAGUGCUCCCUGUGCAACCGGCGCUUCCUGUCGCCGUCUGAGUUCGUGACACACCGUUGCGACCCAUCCCGGGAGAAGCCCCUCAAGUGUCCCGACUGCGAGAAGCGCUUCAAGUAUUCCUCGGAGCUGCAACGUCACCGCCGCGUUCACACCGGGGAGAAGCCCUACAAGUGCUCCAGCUGCGACAAGAGCUUCAAACAGCGGGAACACCUGGUCAAGCACCAGGCGGUGCACUCGCGGGAAGCCCAGUUUAAGUGCGUGUGGUGCGGGGAGCGUUUCGUGAACCUGGGGGCCCUCCAGGAGCACACGGUCCAGCACACUGCAGAGGGAGGUGGUUACCCUGUGGCCCCUUGCAUACAGUGAGCAGAUCUGCUGCUGUUGAGCCCCUGUGCAGUGUGAACACACAGUGACAUGGAAUGUUGCCCACCAGGCAUACAGCAACACUCUUACUGCCACCCUAUUUGUAUAUAACCACACAUUCAUUAUUUACAUUUAGUGGCACACCCAAAUUACCUCCCCCCCUCCUUUUGCAUAAACAAUGGUAAAACUCUGCUUAAUCCUAACCAUGAAGUUAUUAUUGACACCACCUUCCUCACACCAAGGUAAUCAUGCCCAUGUUCUGUCCUUCAUUAGUGACAUCAACUACCCCAUGACCCAGAUCAACUGAAAACAGUACAUCAACUACCCAUGACCCAGAUCAACUGAAAACAGUACAUCAACUACCCAUGACCCAGAUCAACUGAAAACAGUACCUCAACUACCCAUGACCCAGAUCAACUGAAAACAGUACAUCAACUACCCAUGACCCAGAUCAA